UGAUGUAAUGUAAAUAUCCUAUGUAAAAUAGAAUUAAUAAGCGUGAAACGCAAAAUACUUAUGCUUAACUUUAUGAUCAGGUAUUAGUAUUUUGGACAUUAUCAAUAUGGACGGACUCUUAAUCUUCUUUCUUCUAGUCGGUAUUAAAUCAGUAAAAGGUUGCUCAAGGGAUAUAUUUUUGAAAGAAAAUAAUUUAAUCUUAUCUAGUCCUGGAUUUGAAGAAGGGAAGAACUAUGAUAUAAAUUUGCAUUGUAAAUGGAAUAUCCAAUCAAAUUCGGUGAUCACUGUAAAUUUUACGAUUUUCAAUUUGGAGUAUCAAUAUAAAUGCAACUGGGAUUACGUGAUGGUGUAUGAUGGGAUUUGUAGGGAAGUGACAUCAACAAAAUUUUGUGGAACAAAAGCGCCACCUACCUUUAAAGGGGAGAUCAGCAUAUGCAUAGAAUUUAAAUCAGAUCAUAUGGUAACAAAGCAAGGCUUCCAAGUUUUGAUAAAGAAACUCCAAGAUACCAAUCAACAACAAUCAACUGACUAUAACCGAUUGGAGUCAUCUUCUAUAGAACAGUUUAUUACUGAAAAUAACCUAAAUUCAAUGUCUUUGUCUACUGAUGGAGAACUUCACAUUGGUUGGAGAAAGGAUUACCAUUCCUCUGCUGAAAUGUCGCCUUCGUUAGAAAUGGAUAAUACUCAAGGAUCUACAGCUGUUGAACAAUAUCAAUAUUAUACAAAAAUUCUAUCUUUAGAUGAGAUUGACAAUUAUUCCCCAUCGGGGAUGUUGAUAUCUGCACCAGAGUCUCAAAACGUUUUUCAUGCUUCUUUUCUUAAAAGUGAAAUGAAUGAAAUAAAAGUGAGCAAUAAUUUACAUUACCAACAUUCACAAAUAAAACCGACACAGUCACAAGGUAUUGUAGCCACAGAAUCAUCUAAUAUUCUGCAGAUUCAUGUAACAAGCAUUGUGCCGACUCAGCAAUCAAAUAUUUUUGCUACACUCCAUUCAAGCUUUCUGCCAACACAGUUAUUAAGAAUUAUACCGACACAGUCAUACAUUCUGUCAACUCCGUCAUCAAAUAUGCAAUUGACAUUGACGCAGUCUUUGAUUAGUUUGGCAACUCGACCCUCAAGUAUUAUGCCAUCACAGUCAAUGAAUAUUCCGUCGUCACAAUCAUCAAGUAUUCUGUCGUCAAAGUCAUCAAGUAUUCUUUCGCCACAAUCAUCAAGUGUUCUGUCGACAAUUGGUGUGAUGGAUUCUGCCUUUUCUAGCCACAGUUUUAUCUAUACUUCAACAAAAUGGGAGACUUCGCUACCUAACAUGUCGUUAUCUGGUAGUUUAUUGACUGAUAUCUAUUAUGGGUAUUCAGAUGCAUCACAAACGCCUGGAACAAUACAAGAUGUAGAUACAUUAAAUGAUGAUAAAAAGAUUAAACAAAUUCCUAAUCAGAAGAAACCGUUAUUAACUACUGUGAAUACAUUGAGCCCUGAUACGUCUUUUACUUUAGAUUAUUUUAUAUCAAAGAUGUAUAUUCCAACACAAGUAAGAUCCACUUCUUCUUACAGACUGGCGUCAAGUAUCGAAGAAAUAAGUGAUAUAUAUGAAACGGAUUUUGAUUCAUCCGAUAAAUUUUAUGAAACAGAAACACCACAUAUUUAUAGUUUUUCUAAAUCGUUAGCGACAAAUAUAUUUAAAGGGAUAUCAGAAACGUCAACUUAUGGAUCUAUAUCAGACAUUUAUAUUACUUCUUCGAGCUCGUCUCUUCCAAAAUCAUCGAUUGCAUAUGAUGCACGAAGUACAGAAGUACCAUCGACAUACAUGUAUGACUUACCGGUUGCUUGUUUCAUGACAGAACAAGUAUUAAUAAACGGUACCGGUAGCUUGGUUGUAGAUAUGAAACCGUCAACAGGACAACUUGAGUGUUCGUGGUUGUUGCUUGGACAUUUUGAUGAGACAAUUGAAGUCAACAUAACAAACUUCAAUAUUUAUACCGGUGUUGACUGUGACACUGAGGGUCUUGUUAUCAAUGACGGAUUGUCAGCCAAGGACGGUGUACUAUUCAAAUUGUGCAAACAUACUUCUCAUAUAAACCUGUUGUCGUCGGGACCGGCUUUAUUUGUAGAGGUCAUGACAAGAGGACAUAUUAAUUUAACAUUAGAAUACGACCCAAAACCGAAAGGUUUGGAUUGUCCUGCCAGGCUAUCAAAGUGUGGUGAUAGGAACUGUCUUCCAUCAGAAUGGUGGUGUGAUAAUGAGGUUGAUUGUUACCAUGGAGAAGACGAACAGUCAUGUGGUUCUUGUGGAAAAGAUGAGUUCAGAUGUGGCAAUGGUCAAUGUAUUAAGGACAUUUUACAGUGUAAUGGGCGAUAUGAAUGUGACGAUGCUUCAGACGAAAAUUAUUGUGUAAUGCUUGAAGAUCAGGUUCUACGUAUUCGACAUGGUAGAUUUUGGCUUCCGGUCUGCGCUGAUAAGUGGGAGGAUACAGUUGGUGAUUUAAUAUGUAAAUAUCUAUCAUACGAUAAUCUAUCAGGAUCGCAAACUGUUCCUUCCAUUCACACUGUAUAUAUGUCCAGCAAGCAAGGACAACAAGAUGACAACCAUUUGUAUAGUUAUUUACAUCCUUCGACAAUUUGCCAUAGUAAAACGGAGAUGACACUUACCUGUAGUAAGAAAGAUUGUGGAGAAAGAAGCCAAUCAUUAAUGAUACCUUAUAUAAUUGGUGGUACCCAAGCAUAUAAAGGACAGUGGCCAUGGGUUGUUGCCGUUAGAAAAGGGAACAAUUUUAUCUGUGGAGGAACACUGAUAUCUAACCGCUGGGUGAUCACGGCUGGACACUGUGUGGAAAGUGUUCUGAGUGUACCACAUAUGGUCUCCAUCGUUACUGGCACUCCAAUGAAAGACGGAAUUGAUGGUAGAGUUAUACGUGUAUCAGAAAUUAUUAUAAACCCUGACUACAACUUUAUCUACAAGGCAGAUAUCGCUGUGUUGCUUCUACAGAUGCCAGUCUCGUUUGAUGAUUAUAUAAAACCUAUAUGUUUGCCUAACACCUUACAACAUUUACCACGUGACUCCCUUUGUUACACUGCUGGAUGGGGAUUAACAGAUCCAAAAGAUUCAAAAUUUCAAAAACUACCUAAUGAUUUAAUGUAUGCUAAGGCGUUCUUAUGGACUAACUCGAAAUGCAGUUCAGCAUAUUCAUCAAAAAUCAAUGAUAGUAUGAUAUGUGCUGGAAUCCUGGCGGGAAAAGGCGGCGACACAUGUCAAGGUGAUAGUGGUGGUCCGCUUAUGUGUCAAAAUAACCAUGGAACUUGGCAAGUGGUUGGUGUGACCAGUUGGGGUGGUGGUAUUUGUGGUAAAUCUACGUUACCGGGAGUAUAUACGAGAGUAACAAAAUAUGAUACCUGGAUUAAGUCUGUCACAGCAAUCAGAGACUAUUAUCUUGACACUAAGUGUGAUUUUGAAAAGCCUGGAAUAUGUUCACUUGAGGAUAUAUCAACGGGCAGUUUUAUGUGGACAAAACGAAAAGCAGGCUGGAGUUCAGGAGGUCAACCUUUAACAGACAGUACGACUCGAACAUCUGAAGGUCAUUAUUUAUACGCAGAUACAUAUAUGGUACAAGCAAAUCAAUCCAAUAAAGCAGUCCUUAAAUAUAGGUUCAAGGACAUUGGAGGAGACAGAUGCUUGACAUUUUCUUACAAGUUUUUCAACCAUAACUGUUUAAAAUUAUCAGUUGUUGACUUCAGAAGUGGAAGUUUUCAGCAUGAGUUAUGGGAAUUAUCAUACAUAUCCGGUGAUUGGACGGAAGCAGCCAUAGCAAUUGCAUCACCAGUCAUUGAAAUACAUGUUAUUGCUUCCCGGGUAUUCAGCCAUUCAGAUGGAGGCGUUGCUAUAGAUAAUAUUGAAGUUUUAAAUAGGACAUGCAAAGAUACAAAUGUAUUUAACUGUCAUUUCAAUAACGGAGAUACAUGUGGAUAUACAAAUAGCAAGACAGACAUUGGAUACUGGGAAAUGCAUCAAUCUAUUGAACUUCCCAAGACCGAAUGGUGUUUACGGUUUAAUGGUGACAAUUUUCCACCUGGGACAAAAGCAAGGUUAACCUCGUCUAUUCUACAGAGUACUGGCCCAAGAUGUUUCAGUUUUGUGUACAAACUUUGUUACCAAAAUGCCAAUUACCUGUCUGUUUUAGUAGGAUACGUGUUUAAUGGGUUAAAGUUCUAUGGAUCGAGCUUAUGGACUAGAUCUGUUGGUAACAUGGAUUGUAGUGUCUGGUCUAAAGGACAUGUUGAUAUACCAUCGGUGGCAUUAGAUCAUUUUAUUGCUAUACAAGUUGAAAGAGGUCAUAAAUCGGAUUCUGUUUAUAUAGAUGAUAUCAUGCUCCAGAGUGGGAACUGUUUUAAAUGAAAUAAAAGAGUUGCGCAUUGCUGAUAGCAAGCAAAAACCAAGACGAACAGCUUCUAUUCUGGAUAUGAUCCCAAAUCAGAAAAAUCUGAGAACAAAGCACAAGUGAUGCGUUCUAAAUCGUCGGCAAAGAUUUUACAACGACGACAACACAUCUACGGUACUGAAUUUCAAAAAGCAAGACACAACGCAUCUUUAAAUUCAAUGUGUUAUAUUGCUAAAUUAAUUACAUACCAGGGCAUCGGUAUUGAAAGAAUAUUUGAUAAUGUUUAACACUGACCUUACAAUGUCAGAAUUUAUAAAACUAGUAACAAUAAUGUUCAACUUCUGUAUAUUAAUUCAUAACCACUUUUCAACUUCAUUGGCUUAUGAGAAGUAUAUUUCAAAUAUCAUAAGAGAUCAUAAACAAUGUAUGUAUCUAGAACAUAAAUAUACUGCUUUGAGGCUGAAAACGAACCGACCAUAAAAGAUUGCAGUCUUUCGGGAUAUUUUCCACGUCACCCAGAGGACCUACAUUUAUGUAUAUGUUUCAGUUUAUUGAACUCUUGGGUUAUUCCUUACAUGCUUUACUCACAAUCUGUCUUUAUCAUGGGAAUUGAUGGACACGAAUAACACAAAAUACUCAAAAACAAACCCAAUCCCGAAAAACGUCAAGAACACAAAUUAUAAAAAUCAUGUCAUUUCCACGGACAAGAUUUAUUUUUCCAAAACACAAUACCUUUGUUGGAAGGAGAUAGAUUUGAAACGGAUAACUUUUCCGAAUUAUACUGGGAAAUACUUGUAAACACUUAUCCUUAUACAAUGCUUUAUUACUGUUCUUCAUCCUGAAAUUGCUAUGCUAUCUUCAAAGAUUAGAUGAUGUUUUAAAACUUGCAUAUCACAGUAAGAUCAGUAUGGUACAUAAUUCGACUUUUUCAUAAUAAUCUGUCCCAACUGCAAAUGUUUUGAGGGGUCAUAUUCUUAUCGAUAAAGGACAAGCAUAGCUGUUCAUAUGUAAACUUUUUACAAUGUAUCCAUCGCUGCUAUUGGACUAUCACCCACUGGGGUACCAUCCGCUAAAAAAACACCGUUUCUGUUCUGGCAUGGUAUAAAAGAAAAUUCUUAUAUGAUUUGCAUCUGCAAUUAUUUGAAUGUGAUUGAUCCGUUAGAAUUUUGAUUCCUUGGUUUUCACUUCAUUCGUAAAUUAUGUUAACAUUAUGUCGAUUUCACGGUGAUAUAUUCAUGCGCGAAAUACAUGAAUGGAUAAAGAACAAAAAUAACAAAUGUUUGUGCUAAGAAAGAAAAUUAAGGAUUUCUAGAUAUCAUUGAUGUGUAAACUAUGCUGCUGACUCAAGACCAUUAUAUACAAGUCAUUCGGACUUUAAUUCAGUUUGAUAGUUAAUCGGUUAAUUUGCACGCCAAUAACCUCUCGAAACAUGUGAUUUGUUUGCAUAUUUCCAGUCUAAGAAUUAUGUAAUUAGAUUUAAAAUAAGGCUGACACUUCCUUUGGCAUAGUUAACCUAGACAGUUUCUUUUGCUGUUCUGUUAAAGCAGUCAAGGCUUUGACACAAGGUAACAGUCCCCUGGAAAGCAUGUCAACCUAACCGGACUCGUUAUUCCGACUCCGGCCGUCUAGUCGUUGCUCUUACUCCCAAAUGAAGCGUGCUAAGCGGAGAAGUAUUUGGUCAUAACCUGCGACCUCCCGCCCACAAGACGAGCACGCUAUCACGAGACCACCUGCGGUUCUAUGAGUAUUGACAUGUUUGGUUUGAUAAGUAUCAUUGGUGAGCUAUUGUGAUAUUUGGAACAUAAAUCUUCUCUUUCUAGACUCACCAAUCCUAAUAUGUUAAGUAGUUAUACACCAUGUUCUAUCAAUAUGUAGUCCACCCUUACAUGUGUUCAUACAUACACUUUUCCAUAUAAAAGUUGUCAAGACACUAUAUAAAAGAUGUAAAAAUACGAGCAUUCUUAAAAUCAUUUACAUUGACAGUAGUUAACUUAAAGGAGACACAUAUAUAUUUUUUUCUCCAUCGUUUUUUUUAUAUAAAAUAGAAACAAGCAUACAUUGUCAACCUUUGUUUUCUACAAUAUUAAUUAUAUCUCAUCUUCAACGAAAUUAACCAAUUUCCUAGCUGCCAUCUAUAACUUUAUAAAACUGUAUAUUUCUUGGAUUUUCAUUUAUCGAUGCUUGAAAUGGUAAGCGUAGAGUUUGCAGAACUAUUCUUUUCCUUUUUAUCUUCCAAUUCUACUUUCGUGAAGAAUUUACUUUUUGUCUUAGUUAUUUCUUUUGGAGAAUUAACAAUCCACUUUCUACGAAUAUGUUCUGAAAUUAAAAUAGAUAAAUUGAUUAAAUAUCAUGUAAACUU